AUGGGUCGGACGAAGCCAAAAAAGAAGGGUCGCUCUAAAGCAGAGACCGCUUCGACAGUGGAAACACCGAUAUCUUCCAACAACCCGCCGACGACAGAAGCUCUCUUGAAAAAAGCUCAAGAAUUAAUUGUACAAUGCGACUAUGAACUUGCGCUGAAAUUCGCAAAGAGAAUCCUCGAACAGGAUGCCACCAAUGUAGAGGCGAAGGAAAUGUUGGGAGUAUCGCUACUGGAGACUGGAGAGAUUGAUGAAGCCAGAAAAGUGUUUGAAUCGCUCAUUCCACCAAACCCCGGUGCCCCUGCAGUCCCACCUCCAUCAGCGCACCUCUACCUCGCGCAGCUCAGUGAAGAAGAUCCCAGGCUUGCCUUGCAGCACUUCAAUAGUGCUGUGAAUAUCCUCCUUGCCCAGCUAAAAGGCAAAGAGCCAGCUUCUACAGGGAUUCCCAGUGAAGAUGAGAUCGAGAUGAAGAGCAAUGUUGUGCGGGCACUUGUUGGCCAGGUGGAACUCUGGAUGGAUCCAAGAUAUGAUUUAUGCUUCGAACCUGAAGCUGAAAAAACAUGCGAAGAUCUGUUGAAUCUCGCUCUCCAGACUGAUCCCGAUAACCCGGAGGCCCUGCAGACUCUGGCUUCUGUCAGAAUGUCUCAGCAGAGACCGGACGAUGCGAAACAGAUUUUGGAGAAGGCUUGGGGUCUGUGGAAAGACCUUGAUCUCGAUGAUCCCCGAAUACCUCCCAUUCCCAAUCGCCUCUCUCUCGUCAAACUUUUCAUUGAACUUGCUCUCUACGCCCCGGCCCUUCUCGUACUUCAUGGCAUUAUGUCUUCCGAUGACCAAGACGUCGAGGCAUGGUAUCUGGAGGGGUGGUGCUUCUACCUGAUGUCGGAAAAAGCUGAGGAAGAAGGUGGAAGCUAUGAUGGAUUGACAUGGCAGGAACUGGCGAAGGAUGCUCGGGAUUGUCUCGAGACAUGUCGAGUGCUGCACCGAAAUCAAGACCACCCUGAUAAACCUAUCAUCGACCACUGUGAAGAACUUGUUGCGAAACUCGAUUCCAUGGGCAUAAAACCAUCCCCUAUCGAGGAUGCAGACGAGGGCGGUGAAGAGUGGGAGGAUAUAGGUAGUGAGGACGAAGACGGCGAUGUGGAGAUGGAAUAG